AUGGUAAUCCGGGCCUCCUGCCCUCCUGAAUGCCUCAUGACAGCGUACAACUCAAUUAAUGGCAAGCAUGCUGAUAUGAACAACUGGUUGAUCGAAGAAAUCCUCCGCAAGCAAUGGGGCUUUCAAGGUCUUGUGAUGAGCGACUGGGGCGGCACAAAUUCAACCCUAGAGAGUCUCCUUGCUGGCACGGACCUUGAGAUGCCAGGACCACCCGAACGGCGAGGCCAAAAGCUCCUAGAAUCUUUAUAUGCAGAUACACCAGAUGUCAAGAAGGCACUGUCCGCAAUCGACACUUCGGUCGCUCGGGUUUUGCGACUGGCUGGAAAACAUGGGCUCCUAGGAUUGACGCCCGAAGCAGCUUGCCGUACGCGGAAUUCCCCAGAGGUUUCAUCAACCACGGCCCAGGAUGUACGGUUGAUGCGUGAAAUCGCGGCAAACGGUAUUGUCUUACUGAAAAACAACGCAAAGGCUUUGCCGCUAUGCGUGUCAGACUUGGAUGGGAAGCAAGUCGCCUUCAUCGGGCCCAACGCUUUGGUAGGCACGCCGGGAGGCGGUGGUUCCGCCAGUAUGAACCCUCAAUAUCUUAGUCAUCCUAUGUCUUCUUUCCAGACGGCAGCGGCUGAGCUUGGCAGUAAGGUCGAGGUAAAAUACGCCAUUGGUACCGUCGCGCACAAAUGGCUACCUCUGCUUUCGAAAUCACAUUGGUCAGCAUCUGGUCAGGAUGCGACCCAGUCAGAAAACUCCCUGAUCCGAAUCGACUUUUACAAGAGUUCGAGUCCGGAAGGGGCCAUCGAAGAGACACAGUAUCGAGACAGCUCGUCAAUCGACCUCUGCGACAGCGCCCCAAAGGCGUUCCAGGUUGACCCGGUGCCUCCUUACUCCUUCCGGGUGACCUCGGUUCUGACACCUCAUUCAAGCGGUACACAUUGCUUCAGCGUCAGCAGCGUUGGUGAUGCGACACUCCGAGUUGACGAUGAGCUUGUUGUCGACAACCGAAACUGGACACAACACGGGGAGACGUUCUACUCUUUCGGAAGCGCCGAGCUCACAGGGAAGAAGUACCUUGAGGCAGGAAAACCAUACCUCGUUUGUGUGGAAGGCUGUGUUCGGAAAGAGCCUCGGCCAGAUCAGGCUUUCUCGUCAGUUAAUCACGUCUUUGCCACGCAUCCUUCUGUGCGUCUAGGUUACGAAGAAGAGCUUCCCGAGCGCGAAGCGCUCAUACAGGAAGCUGUCACGCUGGCCGAUGAGAGUGAAGCUUCUGUGGUUGUUCUCGGUUUGACUGAUGAAUGGGAGAGCGAGGGUUAUGACCGACAGUCAAUGGCCUUACCUGGGGGGCAAGAUAGCCUUGUGGAUGCUCUAUUACGCAAGGUGAAGCGUCCUGAGAGGCUCAUCUUCGUCAAUCAGUCUGGGUCGCCAGUGGAAUUGCCCUGGAUUGAUCGUGCGUCAACCUUCGUGCAAGCUUGGUAUGGCGGCCAAGAAGCAGGAAACGCACUGGCAGAUAUUCUCUUGGGCACCAUUAACCCCUCUGGCAGAUUGCCCAUCACCUGGCCCAAAGCAUACUCCGAUCUUCCGUUUGCCCAUGACCCGGAGUCAUGGCCAGGCGUGAACGGAACCGUCAAGUACAAGGAGGACUACCAGGUUGGAUAUCGUUGGUACAGCCACCAUGCAAAAACGCAGCCUCAAUGGUGGUUUGGUUGUGGGCAAAGCUAUACCAAUUUUGAGCAAAACAUUACGUCCAUUAGCUGCGCUGACACUGGCAGCUGGACAGUUGAGGUGUCAGUUGUGAACGUUGGAAACUGUGAUGGUGCCGACGUCGUCCAGCUCUAUCAGUGGCCAGCGGCAGAUGAGGAGGAAGUCAUGCUUGUCAGUUUUGCUAAGACUACGGUCAUGAAGCCACAAGAGUCGCUACAUCUAGCUUUAGAAGUCAACAAGCGUGAUGCAGCUCGGUGGGUAGAGGACAGAUGGGUCAUUGCUCCAGGAGAGUAUGUGUUUGGGCUUGGCAUUGGAGCUAUGGAGAGAGACGGAAGAACUUGGAAACUGUAUCAAGAUAUGGCAGAGUGGCCAGCUGCCAACGACAUGCAGUGA